GAUUUCCUCUGGAAUCAGAAGAGCCGAGUUCCCUGUUGCAAACAGCAGUUGCAGUGCUGCAGAGCUCCUACUUGGACUCUACCUCUCAGGAUGGUUUUCAGUACAGCCAAGCAAUCCUGGUGGAGAACGAUGUUUUCCUAAGUGAGCUCAAAGCUUUUGCCCGAGCCAAGGAAGCUGCUGGGUACAGCCAGGAGGAGCUGGAGGAGACCUUUGCCUUUCUGCUGUUUGAUAAAGAAGAGGAGGCAAAAGAGGUGUGUCAGACAGGCCUUCGUGUGAACAGCAGUUCCAUUUCCACUCUUGGUGACCCAGCAAAAGGGGUUUAUAUCUCCAAGUAUGCAGACUGUCUUCAUCCAAGACCCUGGUAUCAUGGAAAAUCGGGCUACAUUGUCAUUUGUAAGCUGAUUAAGGGGAAGGUCAAAGUGGUAGCUGAGAACUCCACCCCCUGCUAUACCUGCCCAUCUCCAGGCUACGACUGCCACGUCGCCGUGAGCGCAACCACUGGACCCUCCAAGGCCAACCCCUGCCAGGCCUUUGAGCAGAGCCAGUACUACGUUUAUGAGGUGUGCGAUGGCAGCACAGCCGAGCGGCCCAGGCAGAUCUGUCCCUACAUAGUCCUUGCCUGCCAGUACAGACAGCCCAAGGACAUGCCUGUCUUGGCUCUGGAGAACCUGCCUCCCAACCUGGACAUCAACCAUGUCAUGGGUUUGUCUGACUUGAAGAAAAAGCUACCAGAAGCUGCAUUUGGGAAAAGAAAUUACACCCAGAAUGAAGUUUGCUUUCAGGGUGUUUAUUCCAGUCUGUAUGAGGUAGAAAUCUCCAAUAAGGAUCAAGAGAAAAUGGAUCAGUUGGUAGAAAAUCUAAAGGAAAAGGACUUGGCAAUCAUCAAAUAUUUACAAGACCAAGGAGUCCUUAUCCUCCUCACGUCCUCUGCCUUGGCACGAGAGGAUGGUUUUGACCCCAAGGAGCCUCUCAGCCUCUUGGCCCUGUUCCUGUUCACCUCACCACGGUCACUGUGCCCGAGAGCUGAAAAGCAGGAGCCAAAGGAUGGAAAGGACAGGGACUGCAGAGACAUCUCCUUAAAGAUAGCCCCAGUUUUGCCUGGGCUUCACUAUGCCUUCCAGAAAGCUUCCAGUUCUCCAUGGAGUGACACAGUCAGGACCAGCACAUGGAUCAAACAGCACCUCCAGGAGUAUGCAAAGCUUGAGGAGAACACUCAGCCCAUCUCUGAUGACCAAAAGAGUGACAUGCCCUCUGCUCCUCUCUCACCAACUGAGGAGAAAUGUCCAAACCUCUUCCAGAAGUUCUCAGAGCAAUCCUUCUCCCAGCUCCAGCAUUACCUCUCUGAUCCCAGCAGCUACUCCAUGGAAGUAUCAGCUGCUUUGGAGUGUUUGGCUGGUGCUGUUCAGCCUCUUUGCAGCAAUGUGGAGACUGAUGGGAACAUGGAUUUCUCCUCAGCUGCGCCACCAGUGGCAAUAAAACCCUGCAGUGAAAACCCAAAUCCCACCCUGGAGCUGAACCAGAGUGGGAAAGGCCCCACAAAGGAUGUCACCUCUCCCAACAAGUUCCCAGAGCAGAGCAGGAGGAAGUGCAGCCGAGUCCCUGUGGCCAGCAGCAAGAAGAAGGUGCCACCCCUCAAGAUGCAAGCACAUCCCACAGGAGAUGGCAGCAGGGACAAGGAAACAUCCCAGAAAGCCAACAUGACUUUUUAUUUCCCUAAAAUAACAGGAGGCACAGCCAAUGCCACAGAGCCCGUGGUCAAGUUAGCCCACGUGCAGUUCCCUCACAGGAGGAAAAGAGGUGCAGAGGUCCUGGUUGCACAGUUUGUUCACAAAACAGAGUCUGGACCUGGUGAGAAAGAAACCUCAGCUCCCGAUGGUCCCGAUUUGGAAGCAAAGAGACCAAAGCUCCUGCAGAACCCAGACAUGGAACAGAUUCCUGUUGCUGAGAGUGUCAUCAACCCAGAGGAGAGUGAGAUGGUUAAAAGUGUGGCUACCACCCCAACCAAACCUCAAGCCACAAAACAGGAAGAAAGUGAGUUGGAGGAGCCAUUGCUUGACAUCUCAAGUGAAGUCUCUUCCCAACCCCAAGGAGCAGAUAGCCAGAGGAGUGAGGUUCACCCAGGCAGAGUUGCUGACCUUGGGGUUGGUCUGAAGGGCAACAACUGUGAUUCCCAUGCCCUGAACUUGCUGGCUGACCUGGCUCUGGGCUCCUGUACCAUUAACAUUAUCCCCAAAGACAGUGGGAUGGUUGCUGUGUCCUGCAACUCCUCCAGCAAUGUCACCCAGGAGCAGCAGAGUUAUUCCCAACCCAGAUCCUCAUGUGCUGCUUCUGAGCCUAAACACCACAGGGCAGCCAAGCAUGAAUGGAGAACCACCUCAACCAGCAAAGCAUCACAGACCCAGAAGCUUCCUGAAAAAUCAGGAUUAAACAAUUUGGCCUCUAAUCCCAUGGAGAAAACCCCUGAAACUCCCAGCAAGAACAGUGUGAGCCCCAGCCCUGCCCAACAACAUGUGUUGCCUCCUAAAGAGACCAAAGAAGCUGAGGUGACCAACAUUGCCAUCAUCUCUGCUGAGCACUCGUAUGCCUCAGUCAUGACUGAGCAGCCAAAGAAACAGAGCUCCUCCAGAGGGGCAACACCAUCCAGAAACAGUACCAGGAACACCCGGGGAAGACCUCUGGUUGGGAAAGUCCUACCUUUCCGCCACCAGCAGAGCAACUCCAACCUGCAGCAGCCCUCAAAGGCAUUGGAGACGUGGCACAGGGGAAGCCUAUGCUCCCCCAGGGUCAAGGAGGACUUCGCCAAGUCUCACACAGUGAACAUCUCUGACACGUCCCUGAAGGUGACAUGUCAUUGGGAGGCAGAGUAUCUCUUCCACUUGGACAGCAGGUACACCACCAAUGCCAUGGAGAAGACAGUUGUCCGUGCCCUGCAUGGGCCCUGGGAUCUUGCUCUGCAUGAUGAUACGAAAGAGAUACUGUUGAUCUUUCACAUGUGGGUGGCUCUGUUCUACAAAAUGUCCAACAGGCACCUCAGAAGCAUAAGGAAGGUGGUGGAGUACAGCAACCCCAAGAAGUAUGUCUUAAUCAACACCACUAGGCUGAGUGAUGAUGAUGAUGAUGAUGAUGAUAGUUGUGUGUUGUUGGAGACAUGCCCUGCAGACUCUGGCACAGACCCUGACCAGACUCCCAGCAGCUCCCUGGAUCACAGCACACCUUGCCAGGGACCUUCCCAGCCUGAGAAAAGCCCUGCAGACUCUCAGACUGAUGCUGAUGGGACUCCUGGUGCUGUGGAUAGCACAGUGUCAUCUUCUUCAGGGGAGCUGCCCUGUGGGGAGGAGGAGCCUUCCUCCACAAGCUGUCCUGAGAGCCUUCCCAACACUGACCAUGCCAGUGGGAUUCUGGCUGUGGAAGGCAGGAAGCUUGGGAGCAUUCCUGAGGAGUGUGUGCAUGGCAUCUCGAGCAUCACUGAGGAGGAGCCACCCAAGGAGGAACUGCUGGAUGCCACCACGACCCUCAGACCUUCUGGCCAUGCCAGCGAGUCCCCGAGUGCUCUGGGCAUGGAGAAAUCCUGCAGGAUUGUUCCAGAGGAGCAGGAGCCCAUGGCAAGUAUCCAGUCACCAUCACGGAGCAACCUGGGAGGAGAUGGUGUUUGUGCUGACCUCAGUUGGCUGGAAUCAGUCCAAGGAACAAAGGAGGUUUUGGUGGAAGAACAGCCUAGCAGCCCUUCUGCCAACUGCACAGGUGUCCCAGAUGAGUCCUCGGAAGCAGGUGAUGGCCAGGACUUCACCUUUGACUACACAGCCCUAGGAGAUGACACCACAGAUGGGGAGAGUGAUGACACGUGCCCCAGGGCAGGGAAGUCCUCCGAGUCCCUCCAAGCAAGGAGCCAGGAGAAGGAACCUGCCCUGCCUGAGGAUUUGGGAGGAGGAAGCAGCAUUCCUCUUGCCCCUGUUGUAACAGAGGAGAUGCUCAUGCCGUGGGAUGAGCACAAAGCUGAGGGAUCCAAGGCGUUUCCUCAUCUACGUCGUGCCAGCGCAGAAGUGGGAGAGAGAGCGACCCCCACUACCUCCACCCCAGCAUUGCCAUUCCCUGUGCACAGAGAGCAAUCUGGAGAGAGCCUGGAGUCUAGUGAUGAUGAGGGUAUUUCAGACAUGCUCCCAAGGGCAAAGCAGCUCCUCAGCGAAGACUCCCAUGUGGGCUUGGCCUUCGAGGCUUCGUCGAGCGACUCGGACCAGCAGUAUCAUGGGAGGACUUCAAAAUCCCUGUGUAAAGCCAGGGAUUCCUACAGACCCAUGGAUGCUGCAGGCACAAGGACUAACUGUGGUGGCUCCUCCGUGAGCUUAGUGCACACAGAGGGGCACGUGGGCAUGGAGAGAGGCUGCUCCUGGGCUGGGCACAGUUGGCCAGUGGGGGACAGCAGCAGUGGGCACAUCCCACCUUUUGUUGAUGUUUGGGAUAGCCAUGGGAUCACAGAGGACUACCAGAGCUUAGUGGUCACCAAACAGUGCCAGGAGAGGACAGGAAGUUUGCAGCCUUCAGGGAGGCACAGCCACCACCAUGCAGAACAGUCUCACUUGUUAAGGUCACUGGUGGAGCCUUGGAGGGACUUUGAGGAAAUCACCCAACACAGUUUGGAUAUGGAGUGUCUCAGUUUCCAUUGUAAGCUAAAACAAAUCCUAAGGAGUGGGAAGCCACCCUUUUCUACCUCCAAAAGCAUCUUCCCAAAAGACUUUUCUCCUCAGGUGAUGUCUGAGGCCUCGGCCGUGCCUGAAGCUCUGUCCCCACGCAGCCGGAGCCCUUUGCGCGUGACCAUCCCACCCUCGGACACGUGGCUCAGCUCUCCCUGGGACUGCCACAGGGACACCCUCUGUGACACGAGGAGGAGACCCAGACCCCGAACCAGGAGCCAGGAGCACGUGGCUCCCUUCCACCUCAGCAAGCUCAGAUACCAUGACCAUCUGCAGGACCCGUGGGGGGAUGCUGCCAUCAUCCUGGACGAGUACUCGGAGUUCCAGAGGGUGGUGCUGAGCAGGGCUGAGGUGCCCUGCUCAGUGAGUGAGGAUGGAGAGCCAGUCCCAGUGCAUCAGGAGGCUGUGGGUGAGCAGAUGUGUCCCAGGAGGAGAGUGGCCUUUGAGGAGAUGAUUGCUGACCUGUGCAGUGCGCUGAGAUGCCACCUGAGGAGCGUGGCCAUGGAGGCCUGCAGCCAGCCUGGCAUGUUCUACCUGGUGGAGACGGGCAAGGAGCCUUUCUUUGACACGGUGAAGACCUUGCUGAAGCAAAAGGGUUGUGAGAAGGUUGAACCUCUGAGCUUCUGCGGAGCACAGCGCCAGGACACGGACAGGCUGCUGGUCAUCAUCAGGAACCAAGACAUCUCCUCACACAUCCACCACGUGCCAUGCUUGCUGCAGCUGAAGCAGUGCCCCAACGUGGUGUUUGCUGGGGUGGACAGCCCUGAAGAUGUCCCAGGUCACACCUACCAGGAGCUGUUCCACACUGGUGGCUUCGUGGUGUCCAGCGACGACGUGUUGAAAACAGUGACACUGGGCCAGCUGAAGGAGGUGGUGAAGGUGCUGGAGAAGCUGAACAGAAGUGGGAGAUGGAAGUGGCUCCUUCACUACAGGGAGAGCAAGAAGCUCCGAGAAGACCUUAGGGUGGACACCAAUGCCCACAAGAAGCACCUGAUCCUCAAGUCAUGCCAAGGAGCAGAUCUCAUCGAGGUGCUGCACUACCACAGCUGUGACUCCACCUCAUCCCCCAGCUCUGAGUACAUCAAGUGCUUGUUGGACCUGCAGGUGCAGCACAUCAGCACCAGGUUUGCUGUGUACCUCACAGAAAAUCCCACCAGCAGCAGGGAGAGCCUGGAGAGCAAAGGAAUCCUUGUGGCUGAUGUCAACACCUUCCUGGGGAUGGUGCAGAAAGUGGCUGCACCCUUCAGAAGAAGCUACUGGUGCUGA